UCGCAGUGCCAUACACAGACACGCAUCUUCCUUCUCUCUCUAAACAACAAUAACAAUGGCGGAGCAAGCUGCGGCUGUGGUGUGCGUCACGGGAGCUUCCGGCUACAUAGCCUCCUGGCUCGUUAAGCUUCUUCUCCACCGAGGCUACACCGUCCGAGCCACCGUCAGGAAUCUCAGUGAUCCUCAAAAGGUUGAGCAUUUGUUAGCACUUGAAGGUGCUGCUGAAAGGCUGAAAUUGUUCGAAUCCGACUUGCUUAUCCAAGGCUCUUUCGAUUCCGUAGUCCAUGGAUGUCAGGCCGUCUUCCACACUGCCUCCCCUGUUGCUCUUGUAGCUUCUGAUCCACAGAAAGAGCUGAUAGAUCCAGCAGUGAAGGGGACAAUGAAUGUUCUUGAAUCAUGCAAGAAAGCAUCCCUAAAAAGAGUGAUCAUAACAUCAUCUAUGGCUUCUGUUAUGUUUAACUACAAUCCUUUAGGCCCCGAUGUUGUAGUCGACGAAUCAUGGUACUCCGAUACCGCCUUCUGCCGUGACAAAAAGGAAUGGUAUGCCCUGUCCAAGACAUUAGCAGAGACAGCUGCCCGCGAAUUCUCUGAAGCAAAUGGACUCGAUUUGAUAACAUUACACCCGGGCUUUGUCAUCGGUCCUCUGCUGCAGCCAACCAUCAAUUUGACCUCACAGAGUUUUGCUGAUCUUAUCAGUAAAGGAAAGGAAGUGUGGCCUAGUGGUGUGUACCGAUAUGUGGAUGUUCGAGACACGGCCUUAGCACACAUUCUAGCAUUCGAAAACGUUACAGCCCGUGGCAGAUAUUGUUUGGUCAAUAAGGUUAUUCGCUCCUCCCAAGCACUGGACAUGUUGACUCAAAUUUUCCCUUCCCUCGAGCUCGCUACCGUUGAUAAGAAGAAGAAUGAUGGGGUGGGGAAUGGCAGCCUUGACGACAACCUUCCUCCGUACAAAGUGUCGAAAGAGAGAGCCGAGAGUUUGGGGGUAUGUUUCACACCUCUAGAGGUAACUUUUAAAGACACUGUCGAGAGUUUGAAGGAGAAAGGAAUCAUCGAUUUCUGAUGAUUCAUGAUAAUUGCAUUGCAUUGCAUGUGUUGAGACUUGAGUUUGUGUAUGUAUGUGUAGAUUUAAGCUUCAGAGACUGUGAAGCUAACCAUUCAUGAUGAUAUGAUAAUAAUAAUUAAUUCUA